UGCGGCGCGUGGACCAGACGCACGCUUCUUGGUACGUGUUUUCGCGGUAAAGGACCAAGAGAUUGAAAUAUGGCAGUGAGUGUAAGUGAAGUGGAAGCUGAGAUGCAACAAAGGGAAGAAGGGGAGGAAGAUGAUCGUUCAAUAACCAGGUCAUUCAGUGGCAGUGGAGAGGAUUCUUUGGAUAGCCUCCUGAACCAUCAGUGUCCCCUCACUCCCUCGUUGUCGCCACGGAAACGCUCAACUGGCCAGAGCAAGACAGAGCCUCCCCUGUUGAGGACCAAUAAGAGGACCAUCUACACUGCAGGACGCCCCCCCUGGUACAAUGUUACAGGAACCACCUUUAAGGAGGCCUUUGUCAUUGGGCUGUGUGGAGGCAGCGCUUCUGGGAAAACCACUGUGGCCAACAAGAUCAUCGAGGCGCUGGACGUUCCCUGGGUGGUGCUGCUGUCCAUGGAAUCCUUCUACAAGGUCCUGACCAAAGAAGAGCAGGAGCUGGCGGUCAGGAGUGAGUACAACUUCGACCACCCGGAUGCCUUUGACUUUGAGCUGCUGGUGAGCGUGUUGAGGAAACUCAAGAAAGGGAAGAGCGUCAAAGUGCCCGUGUACGACUUCACCUCCCACAGUCGGCGGAAGGAGUGGAAGACCGUCUAUGGGGCCAAUGUCGUCAUUUUCGAAGGGAUCUUGGCUUUCGCUAACAAGGAGCUGCUAAAGCUACUGGACAUGAAGGUGUUUGUGGAUACGGACUCGGACAUCCGGCUGGUCCGUCGCCUGAAGAGGAACAUCACGGAGCGAGGGCGCGACAUCGCCGGGGUCAUCAAGCAGUACAACAAGUUCGUGAAGCCAGCCUUUGAGCAAUACAUCGAGCCCACAGUGCAGGUGGCUGACAUUGUGGUUCCCAGGGGAGGGGAGAACUUUGUGGCUCUGGACCUGAUCGUACAGCACGUGCACAGCCAGCUGGAGAAGCGCGAGAUCACCGUGAGAUCCGCCCUGGCUUCCGCCCACCAAGGGCAGCCUUUGCCUGCCACUCUAAGUGUGAUGGAGAGCACGCCUCAGGUGCGGGGAAUGCACACCAUCAUCAGGAAUAAGGACACGAAUCGGGACGAGUUUAUUUUCUACUCCAAGAGACUAAUGCGGCUCCUGAUCGAACACGCCCUGUCCUUCCUGCCACUGGAGACAGUGUCCGUGGAGACACCCCAAGGAAGCAUUUAUGAGGGGAAGAGACUCGGUGGCAAAAGGAUCGCAGGCGUGUCCAUCCUCAGGGCGGGCGAGACUAUGGAGCAGGCCCUGACGGCCGUGUGCAAAGACAUCCGGCUGGGGAAGAUCCUCAUUCAGACCAACCACGACACGGGCGAGCCUGAGCUUCACUACCUGCGUCUCCCUAAAGACAUCAGUGAGGACUACGUGAUCCUGAUGGACAGCACAGCAGUGUCGACGGGGGCUGCGGCCCUCAUGGCUGUCAGGGUCCUGCUGGACCACGACGUGCAGGAGGACAAGAUCUUCCUGCUGUCGCUGCUGAUGGCGGAGAUGGGCGUCCACUCCGUGGCCUACGCCUUCCCCAAGGUGCGCAUCAUCACCACCGCUGUGGACAAGAAGGUCAACGAUGAGUUCCACAUCAUCCCAGGGAUUGGAAACUUUGGAGAUCGUUACUUUGGGACGGAUGCUCCCUCUGACUGGUAUGAGACUGACGAGGGCAAUGGACCACUGAGGAGGCAGCCUUCCCCUGCCCCGUUUGUGCCCUGCGACGAAUCUCCACCCCCGGCCCGCCCUGCCCAUCCCGCCUCCGCAGCCCGGACAGCUUGCUUAGAUGCAGGCAGCAAACCCCUGCUGCAGUCUCAGAAGGAAACUGCUCUGGCCUUGAAGGUCCUUGGUCUGCCUACCACCCGAUUCGAGGUCUUUCAUGUCUGACCCCUGAUUUUGAGUUCAGCAAGCUCCACUGAUUCCCAGCAGCUCUGUGCAUAUGGACGUACUGGGGGUGGGCGACAGUCUGCUUCUUGGGCGUUUAAUUUUUCUCCACUGCUACUCCAUUGUAAUAUAUUAAUUAGACUUUGCUAGCAGGCAUAUAGGGGAGAUGUUACAAUGGUUUUAUGAGGUUUCAGGGUAGGUUUGGAAAACGUGAUUUCGCAGGAGGUGUGACGAGACUGUCCUGUAGGUGGCGCUGUGUAAAUACGCCAUGAUACAAGGAUCUUUGACUUGUGAGGAAUGGAUGUCAUUGGAGGCCUCGUUGCCGUGUACUGUAAAAAUAAAACUAGCCAUUUAAAAUGCGUUCUACCCAGCCGAAGACUUCGCCCCAUUCAAACCUUGUUUUAUUUCAGAAUUAUUCCUGUGGUUUACAGAAAGUUCAUCUUGGAUAGUCUUUUUGUGAAAGGGACUGCUGUGGUUUUGGGGGGGGGGGUGGAUAACUGGAUGUGCAGUGAAAAAUGGUAUUGAGAGCCAGGGAGCCUGUGGGCUUAGGGUUCUCUGUCUGUGUUCCAGCUGAAGCCAGUGUUUAGGUGUUAUGGACGUCCACCUUACACCCAAUACUCUGGGUUAACAUACUUGAAUGACACUUCUACUUAAGUUAUUUGCCCAGUUCAUUUAAUGAUCAGGGGCUGUCUGACUGUAUUCUGGGUGUAGCCGUGUCUUGGUGUAUACCAUCUUUAAAGAGAGCUCAGUCUCUUUAUAGCUUGAAACUUGAAUCCCAGGUUGGUAAGAGAGCGCAGCAAUAGUGAGGUGCAGUGGGUCUUGACUCGGAGCCAAGACAACCAUGCGUUCCGGUGCUGGAUGGAGCGGCAGCUGGCUUCAUAUCAGGAUGUGCUUAAUAGCAUCUGACUCAGAAAGCGUGCCCGACGUUUGGUGCCUGCGUUUGGCGUUAAGAAGCCCCGACAGUGGCACUAAACAUGAGCUAAAUAUGUCUUCUUUUUUUGCAUUAUGUCCAAAGGUCAGACAUGAUCCAGCACACAGUCUAUCUUUUGGACUGGCUGGUCGGUGAAUGUUUCUCUGUAAGUGUGCUAUUGUGUUUUAAUCAAGUCGGGGCCUUAAAAGUGUUUUUCAGAGGAGAACCUGUCAAUUAUAACUUGGUCCCGGUGAAAAGCAAGCAGCUUGUUCAGCGCAGUUUGAGGUGUUCAGAUUGGUUGUCACGCGUUUUUUUUUCCCUGAAUGAGACGGUCACCAUGGUAAACCAGAGUGCUGAUGGUACCCGCAGAUGGUCCUGCUUACCAAUUACUACGCAUCCCGCCUUUAAUUUGAACUACUUGAUAUUGUCAGCAUACUAGUUUUAAAAAUAUGGUACAAACACUCAUUUUGUGGAUAGUUACUCCCGUUAUGUAAAUCACUGCCAUGAAUUAAAGGGACUGCAGCCCGUGAAUGUGACGAAAUGACGUUUUUUAAAGCUAAAAAUGCCAAGUUUUUUAUGCCUCGUUCAUUUUAGAAUAGGUUAACAGCUGACUUGACCAAAAAUUAAGCUGCAAGUGAACUUGAAUACUGACAUCACGACAUUAUCGUUGUAAGAGGUUUUGUUUACUCAGCUUUAAAGCGAUUUUUAUUGA